AUGGUUGCCUGGCUACCACUGAUCAGCUUGGGACUCAACAUGUUCGGGGGAAUGCUUGGCAAAGGAGUUGGUCAACCACCACCAGUACCUCCUCCACUUCCACCUCCUCCACCACCUGCUCCGCCUCAAAUUAUUUACGUGACAAAUCCAGCAAAAGUCGUUGAAAGAACUGUAUUAAUUACUCAAACUCCGUAUCCUCCAGCAACCAGACCACCGGAGACAUUGACUAUUUAUGGAAUCGUUGCAAUCAUAUUCAUUUUGGUUGUAUGUAUGAUUUCGAUGGCUGGUGGAAUUGGUUUCUAUAUGUGGCAGAACAGUAGGAUGGAGGCAGAGAAGAGAGCAAACGAGUCGAGAGACAGAGACUUUUACGAGAUGGAAGCGGGAAGAGGACGAGGCGGAAGACGUGGUGGAAGACGGAGUGAAUCGUCAAUGUCGUCUGGAGGAACUUCUGGAACACGGACGAGAACGAAGAGAACUAAAAGGAGAUAA